AGUCUGUGUGGGGCUGCACUACCAUUAGGGAUCACGGGUUGAAAUAUUUGGCAACGUAUUUGGAGUCUUCACAACAUUGCAGGCCACGGACAGCUGCAUCGACAUGGUGGAGAGCUUCAGCGAUCAACUGUAAUAACAUCGUAUCUUAUGAUGACCAGAUAUUCAGGAUUGUCCGUUAAUUAAAGCAGUAACUAGUGUCACUCGAGUUUAGUCGCUGCUCCAUCUUAUUGCGGAAGAUACAGUCAAAUAUAGACGUGUGUUUCUGGGGAUAAAGCCGCCAGAUAGAAAGAAGCAGCUCCUAGCUGGUAGCGAGCUAGCUCCGUGGAGGGGGAACAUUCUCUAACCUCCGUAUCAACAUGGCAAUGUCCCUGAUACAAGCCUGUCGCAGUCUCGCUCUUUCAACAUGGCUGCUCUCUUUUUGUUUUGUGCAUUUGCUGUGUCUAGACUUCACUGUGGCGGAGAAAGAGGAAUGGUAUACUGCCUUUGUGAACAUCACCUAUCUGGAUCCCGUGACUUUUGAGAUCAAAACAGAGAAAACAGAGUGCGGGCGCUAUGGCGAACACUCACUCAAGAAAGAAGCCAAAGGGGUGGUGGUCAUGCCCUCCGUCCUGCAAGAUAGACAGGCUUGCGACCCCAACACUAAAUUCCCAAUUCCAAACCCCAACAGUGCAUGGAUUGCACUCAUAGCCCGCGGUAACUGCACGUACAAAGACAAAAUUCGACAUGCGGCAAGCCACAAUGCGUCUGCUGUAGUAAUAUUUAACGUGGGUUCGAGUAAUGCCAACGAAACCAUAACAAUGCCUCAUCAAGGCACUGGUGAAAUUGUGGCCAUCAUGAUUCCGGAACCCAAGGGCCGCGAGAUCAUUGCGCUGCUGGAGCGGAACAUCACGGUCAACAUGCACAUCACCAUAGGAACGCGGAACCUCCAGAAGUACGUGAGCCGCACCUCGGUGGUGUUUGUGUCCAUCUCUUUCAUCGUGCUCAUGAUCAUCUCCCUGGCCUGGCUGGUCUUCUACUACAUCCAGAGGUUCCGCUACGCCAACGCCCGCGACCGCAACCAGAGACGCCUGGGGGACGCUGCCAAGAAAGCCAUUAGCAAGCUGCAAGUGAGGACCAUCAGGAAGGGAGACAAGGAGACGGAGUCAGACUUUGAUAACUGCGCCGUGUGCAUCGAAGGCUACAAGCCCAAUGAUGUGGUCCGGAUACUACCUUGCAGACACGUCUUCCAUAAGUACUGUGUGGACCCCUGGCUGCAGGACCAUAGGACGUGUCCCAUGUGCAAGAUGAACAUCCUCAAAGCAUUAGGCAUCCCGCCAAACGCUGACUGUUCAGAUGACAUCCCUCCGGACUACGAGGUGUCUGUGGGAGGUCCACCCACCAACCAGGUGACCGGGGCGAGCGAGGUGACGGUGAGCGAGAGCUCGGUGGUGCUGGACCCCGCGGUGCGCUCUAUCGGCCUGCCGCAGGUCUACCACGAGGUCGACCCCCUCGGCCUGGUCGGAGAGAGCCGCCACAUUGCCAGCAGUGAACACCAGAACCCGUUGAGCAGCGAUUCGGACACCUCGCUCAUCCUGGCUGUGGAGGUCGGCCUGUCUGACGUGGAGCUGUCGGCCGAGCAGGAGCAUGAAGAAGUCAAGUCAUGAACCGUGACCCGCAUUGUCCCCCGGAGUUGCCACGGAGACAGAGGACCAGCAUGAGGGGAGAACCUAGGCCGGGAUCUGGAACCAGAGAGCCUUCUUAAUUGAAAGGGGAAGAAUCUAGAGUAACGUUGGAACAGAAAUCCGUUUUGAGCAGUGUCCUUCAUUUUUGUCCCCGUGGCUUCAUCGGCUACAGGAGAAAGUUUCCGAAAAAUAGAGAUACACUGCUCGUCAUCUUUAUAACUCAACGGCCACAAUCACACCAUGAUUAUCCUCCUUCCUCGCUCUCUAAGCUUCUGUCAAUAGGCAGAGGAAGCAUCUAGCCAAUCACGGUCAUGUUAUUUGAACUUAUUUGUGAUUUUUUUUUUGUUUUGUUGUGUUUCCCAUGAAACAUCCACAUCCCCUUACUCUGUGGAAAUGUUGACUGUUUGAUUUCCUUAUUCGAGAUCACUGCCAAUGUAUAUUCCUGAUUCAAACACAAGUCUUUCUAUACAUAUAUAUAUCUAUAGAUAUCAGUACACACAUGCAGCUAACAGCGUUUGCUUCAAAGUGUCAAAAAGCAGUCUGUGUGUGAUCCAACCAGCAGCCGUAAACACAUUGAACCUUGACCCCGGGACAAGAGAUGUCUUGCUAUUCUUUCAACACGCCAUGUGUCAUGGACUAUGCACAGCCUCCCACCUUAUCAUGCAUCCUUUGCCGUCUGUGUCCCAAAUGACGACGUCUCUCUGCCACCGGCUGUAUUUUUGUUGUUUAUAAGCUUUGUUUCUUCUCAAGGACAGCUCCCUGACCGGUCUUGUCUCGUAGUAAGCCACCUCGCUCGCGGUGGGACGACCUAAACUUGAUGUGAUUGCGAAUUGAAUCCUUCACAAUCAAUCCCAAGUGACAAUCACUUUUCCAAGGAUCACAUCAACAGAGGAGCCCACCCCCCCACACCCCCACCCCCACCUCCACCUCCUCCUCCUGAGGAGAUGGCCAGCCUGUGGGGGGGUGUGGUGAGGCUGGAGGGGAGGCGGUCUGGCGUCCUCCCUCCACUACAUGAUGAAUGGACCCGAACCCUUUAGCGCAGUCAGAGGUUGGUCUUCCUGUACCUCCCCUCUAUAUGUGCCAAGUUAACUCUAAAGAAACUACAUGUAUAAAUUAGGGUUUACGAUUACAUGGAAUUCUCCUUGUUUCUUUCUUUCUUUAUUUGUUUUUAUUGUAUCACAGUGACAGUCUGGAUUGGUUUGAUGUAUUGGGGUCAUUGAGUUCUGGAAGUCCAAAGAAUGUGAUUAGGGUGAAGUACUAUUUCAAAAUGUCAACUAGCUUAGUUGCUUCCAAGUUCCCCUAGCCAAUAUUUCAUUUAAAAAACCUUUAGGUCAGAACAGUCAAGGGGAACCCCCCACAUCGCACAGACUGAUUCUACGAUAAAACCAGGGCCUGGAGUGACUAGUCUCCUUGUCGCUAAAACCUACAGAAUGGUGAAAGUCUGCUGGACGACUUGUAUUUUAAUACGUAUGGAAGAAAAGUUUAUUUUUCUAUGAAAAAAAUCAACAAAAAAGAAAAUCAAGGAAAGUUUACAGUGGAGGAGAAACUGGGCUUACGUAGAUAGUAGCGUCAUUACUAAGCUACGUCAGAAUCGUUUUGACAUGGACCAGAACUUUAAUUAAUUAUUCUUUUGCAUCGUUUUUGCUCCUGAAAUAUUGCCACAGAAAGGCAUCUGCCUUUGUGCCCCCCCCCCC